AGCGCUCGCUCUCAGUUUCACACUCACACGCACAUAUAGUGACAGGAGCGAGCACGCACGCACGCACACACACACACGCACGGAGUCCUCGCUUGGCCGGAUCGCUGAAACUUUGACCACAACUUCAUGAUAAAUAAAGCCUUCCGAUGUCAGGCUGUGUCCGAUUCUUCGCGCGCGAGCUCGGCUUCAGUGUCGGUUUGAGCGCGUUCCUCAUGUAGGCUCGGGAGUGUUUACUUCUCAGCAAAGUUUCUUCUUCUUCACUGCUGCCCUUUUUCCUGUUUAAUCCGCGCUCUUGUGAGUCACUCGCGCGCCGCCAACUCUAUGUGACGUUGGGCGUUUUGUCGGUACCAUGGCGGAAGCGGCCCAACAGCAACAACAGCAGCAGCUGGUCGACAUCGACCCGGACUUUGAGCCCCUGUCGCGGCCCCGAUCAUGCACUUGGCCACUGCCCCGGCCCGAGUUCACCAACCCCGCCGACUCGAGCACCUCCUCACCGGCGCCGUCUGUCAAGCUCGAGCCGAGCGGCAAUGCGGACUUCCUCACGAGCCUCAGCCUGCUGGAGGAAUCCGAGGACUAUGCUGACGAGAAGCCGCUUGUCUUGUGCCCAGAUUUCCAGUGCCAAGAAAACUGCGGGCACCGACAGCAGCAGCAGCGGCCGCAGAUCUCCGGCACUUCUCUCCCUCCUCAGCAGCAGCAGCAGCAGCAGCAACAGGUGCCGUUACUUUCCUCCUCGACCACAGCGGCGGCGGCGGCAGCGCAGAGGAAGAGCGGCUCGGCUCGGCGCAACGCCUGGGGCAACAUGUCAUACGCUGACCUGAUCACCAAGGCCAUCGAGAGCUCUCCCGAGAAGCGCCUCACACUCUCGCAGAUCUACGACUGGAUGGUGAAGAGCGUGCCUUACUUCAAGGACAAGGGCGACAGCAACAGCUCCGCCGGCUGGAAGAACUCAAUCCGGCACAACCUGUCUCUGCACAGUCGAUUUGUGCGAGUGCAGAAUGAGGGGACGGGGAAAAGCUCAUGGUGGAUGCUCAACCCAGAGGGUGGUAAGAACGGCAAGUCACCUCGCCGCCGUGCCGCGUCCAUGGAUAACACCGGCAAGUUUGCCAAGAGUAGAGGGCGUGCUGCCAAGAAAAAGUUGGCCCUUCAGGGUGGUCCUGAUGCUGGUGCUGAGAGCCCAGGCUCUCAAUAUAGUAAGUGGCCUGGCAGCCCCAACUCACACAGCAAUGAUGACUUGGAGGCCUGGACAACGUUCCGCCCUCGCACCAGCUCCAACGCCAGCACAGUGAGCGGCCGUCUUUCACCUUUCAUGCCUGAGCAGGAUGAUUUGGCUGACUCAGACAUGCACAUGGUCUACUCGGGCCCUGGCUCAUCCGCAAAAAUGACCUCAACUCUCCCGAGCCUUUCAGAGAUGACCAGUUCCUUGGGCCAUGGCAGCACAGAGAAUGUGAUGGAGAACCUUCUGGACAAUCUCAACCUGCUCUCACCAAAUAACCCAGGAUCAGCUGGAGGGCCCGGUUCAAGCUCUAACCAAUCAUCCCCCUCAUCUCUGUUACAGAGCAGCCCUGGAUAUGCACCGUACAGCAACCAGCAACCCCAACAAGACUACCGCAAGUGCCUGUAUAGCCAGGCCAGCAUGGGAAACCUACCCUCUAUGUCCUUGCAAAAUUUGGAGAGCAAGCCCUCUUUCCCAGCUUCUUCUGGAUCCAUGGGGCAGUUUAACUGCUCAGCGGGGCUGCUUAAGGAGCUCCUGACAUCUGAUUCAGACCCACAUACAGACCUGAUUCCUUCUGUAGACACCGUGGUCUCCCAGACGGCAGGCAGAGGAGGACGCAUGCUGCCUCCUUAUGGUAGCGGGCGACCCGAACUAAUGGGGGGUGGAGCCUCCCAUGGUCAUGUCCUGUCUCAUUCUCACAGCAUACAUAGUCAAGCGCCACCUACCUCUGUGGCUCUGAAUGGGCGUCCAAUACAUCCUAUGAGCAACAUGAGCCAUGGGGGACAUAUCGGGUCCAUCAAGUCAGCUAUGCAGAUGCAAUACGGAGCCUCGGGUCACAUGGCAGGUAGCGGGGCAGGAGGUGGAGGACUCCCCUUCUGCAACAUCAAUGGCAAUGGCUAUGGCCCUGGACCAAGCCUACCCCACAUUCAGCACAUGGAGAAGCUGCCCAGCGACUUGGACGGCAUGCCUGUGGAGCGGUUUGAAUGUGACAUGGAGUCCAUCCUUCAUGACACACUCAUGGACGGAGACACGCUGGAUUUCAACUUUGACUCCAUGGCGAGCCAGCCGGGGUUCCCGACACAUGGGGUUAAGACCACUACUCACAGCUGGGUGUCUGGGUAAAGGUAAGCCCUUUCUGGCCCCCAAACUGGAGAGUAAGAGCCCAAAGAGGCCAUUCUCACCCAUUCAAGCUAUGCUCUUUUCUCUCGCUUCUCAUCAUGGACAGUUCCCUGCUUUUGCGCUGCUCAGCCAUGGCUGUGAUGUGGCUGCACAUUGCCAAGGACAUUCAUUCAGUGGGGAGCUCAUUCAGUGCAAUGCGCCUUCAAACCAAGUGCCAAACCAGGUGCCUGUGCUUCUUAGCCAAAUCAAGUGUGCUUUAUUUUGCUGCCUUCUUCUCACUAUAGAGAACCAGUGGUCAAAUCAGGGCAAAAAUGGUGUGGUCCACAACUAAGACUCGUAUAUUAACUGCAGCAUGCAUACACUUAUGCAAGACCAUCAUAGUUACAGUAUCAGAAUCAUCAGUCAAAUUCUCUACUUAAUUCACACUGUGAUCGCGUGACAUCCUAAAUUAAGGCACCUUUUCUUAAAAUCCUGGCCUUUGUCUUCACCAGCCCCUUAAAUUGACCGUUGCAUGGUGAGGUAUACCUUUUCUCUACCUGUCUAGCAUGCUGUUUAUGAGUCCAACCUGCUGCCUUUUGCUUCCUACUGUCUACGUGCAGUGCUUAAUGCCAUAGAUAGCUCAAAGCUAACCUUAUUGGGAAAAAGAACUGGAUCCUGAAGAUGAGUGUAUAUAGUUUUAUCUGGAGAAGGUCCUUCUCUUGGCAGGGCCUGGAAGACGUUUCAGAAGAACUCUCUGCCUCAAUGGACGAUGUUACAUGUUGCAACACUUUCACUUUUCUCCUCAAUGUGUUUGAAUCGCAGCAGACAUGCUUCAUUUUUAACAAGUGUAUUGUGAUUAUGUUAUGUACAGAGCGUUUACAUGGAGAAUUCAGCAAUCAAGGCAGCAGAUUUGACAUGUUUUGUAAAUUGAGAGAAACUGGAUCUGACACUUGACAUUUCAGUUGGCUCAUUCUCACUCACGACUGUGUACACCUUUACACAUUUCCUGUAAAUAGAUGGUAAAUAUAUAUGGCAGAAGUAUAUAGUUGAUACGUUUGAGAUUUUGUUUUUUGAAAUUUUGUUAUCGUUUGUGUGUACGGUUGGCUUUAGCUGAGGUUAGAUUAAGCUUGUAUAAUGCAUUUCAACAGUGUUUUGGGGUGCUUAAAGGACAGGUCCACCCAUUUUGCAAAGUUUCUUUAGAUGUUUAUAUCCUGAAAACUCUCUUAUAGAGUCAAUAUGUAUAAUUUUAUGGCCUUGGGCUCUAUUAAUCAAUUGUAUAUGGAAUAUACUGCCAUCCUAAGAUGCUCUGAUUUAAUAAUAUACCAGUGACCAGUCUUUACGCUGCAGAUUUCUAUUAUUUGAUAUAGCAUGGUAGAAAUUUUGACAAACUGUUGGACAUGUCCUUUAACAUUUCUCAUAAGGUCUCUCACACACGAGUCUUGUGAUCAUGGCUGAUGUAGUUAAGAACUACAGUGCAGAUGGGCUCUUACAGACCGCCAUCUGUGCAUGCAGAAAAGCUACAGACCUCUGCCUUUAAGAAAGUGUAGGGAAAUGUAUUUAGUUUAUUUAUUAGCGUGAAGGAGGAGAGGCGUGAUUGAGUCACGUCACAGAUUAAUCACAAGUGUGUUCUCUUUCUCUCUCUCUCUCUCUCUCUCUCUCUCUCUCUCUCUUUCAAUUCAGGCACUGUGAUGCACAUGCCAAUAUGUUUGUGAUGUUUCCGUUUACUGAUGUCAGAAAACAAGAAAAGAAUGCCUUUCUCAAAAAUUGACAAUUAGACCCACUGCCUGCCUUCUUUCUUUCACUUCCUUCCUGCCUUCCUUUUAAGCUGCCUUGUCUCACUAUCCUCAUACAACCAUCAUAAAACCCAUUAGCCUUGCCUUUUUUUUGUUCAUUCUGGCUUCCAUGCACUUCACUUUGUACACUGUACAAAACUUGUUUAGAAUUAUUGGUAGUUGCCCAAUUCGGAGAAAACUGAGAUAUGUUGCCUUUGGAAAAUCAAUAACAUAUCGAGUUAUAUAGUUACUGUCAUGUCAGUUUGUUCAUAUUUUUAUUUGAUUGUUGUAUUUAUGGCUUUCAUUAUUGGCUGGAAUUAAGGUCACUGAGGACACCGAUUGUUCUGACGAAACAGAAAAUCUGGAAAAACUGGCACACCAGAGUGUAAGUCUGAGAGUUGUGGCAUAGCUGGAGACCUGCUGAAUGUGUGAGUCAUGAAGUGCAUAAACCCAUCCAUCCAUUAUCUGUAGCUGCUUAUCCUGUCCUACAGGGUCGCAGGCAAGCUGGAGCCUAUCCCAGCUAACUAUGGGUGAGAGGCGGGGUACACCCUGGACAAGUCGCCAGGUCAUCACAGGGCUGACACAUAGACACAGACAACCAUUCACACCUACGGUCAAUUUAGAGUCACCAGUUAACCUAACCUGCAUGUCUUUGGACUGUGGGGGAAACCGGAGCACCCGGAGGAAACCCACGCGGACACGGGGAGAACAUGCAAACUCCGCACAGAAAGGCCCUCGCCGGCCACGGGGCUCGAACCCAGGACCUUCUUGCUGUGAGGCGACAGCGCUAACCACUACACCACCAUGCCACCCCCAUGCAUAAACCUGCAUGUCUUAAAUCUAAUGGAUCAAAGGUAGCGAUGCACCUUCUGCCUAAUUUGAAUAUUUACAUAUCCAAAAGAACUAAUGAACUGAUAUUUGGUUAACUGCAAGGGAACAAAAUUACUUUUUUUUAAUGACAUAAUUGAGUAUCUUUUUUUCACUGCAAUUCCAUUUUUCUCUCUGUACAAAAUGAAAUGAUUCACAGAUCAACAGGCAGUGUCACUUCUCAUGUACAAUGUGCUUAAAUCUGUGAGUCUUAAUGGAGAUGUACUGAGCGUUAUUGAAAAAGUCUCCUCAUCCUGUGAGCUUCGUACCUGGUCAGGUACGAAGCUCACAGGAUGAGGAGAUUUUUAAAAAUAUUUUUUAAAAAUCCAUGUCUGGAAAUAUUUUGAUGUAGAAACUUGGGGUACGAUUUAGAGAUGCGUCAAGACGGAAAAAAAUUGCGAGAACAGGCAUAUAUCCAUUAUCUGUAGUUGCUUAUGCUGUGCUACAGGGUCAUAGGCAAGCUGGAGCCUAUCCCAGCUGACUAUGGGCGAGAGGCGGGGUACACCCUGGACAAGUCACCAGGUUAUGGCAGGGCUGACACAUAGAGACGCACAACCAUUCACACCUACGGUCAAUUUAGAGUCACCAAUUAGCCUAACCUGCAUGUCUUUGGACUGUGGGGGAAACCGGAGCACCCGGAGGAAACACACACAGACACGGGGAGAACAUGCAAACUCCACACAGAAAGGCCCUCGCCGGUCACUGGGCUCAAACCCGGAUCUUCUUGCUGUGAGGCGACAGAGGCCACUACACCACUGUGCUGCCUGUUCUCACAUUUUUUUUCCGUCUUGAUGCAUCUCUAAACCAUACUCCAAGUUUCUACAUCAAAAUAUUUCCAGACAUCGAUUUUUUUAAAAAUAUUUUCCACAUUGAAUUCUUUUUAUCAUAAGACAAAACAAAUACCCAAGUUUUUGAUUUCAGUACUCAAAUACUGGCAUCUCAGUAACAUAAAUGGUUAAUCGGGUAUCUGAGUACCUUGUGCACAUCCCAAAUCAGCUGUAAGUAUAUAAUCACAAUCAGAGACUGUUACUCAAAUUCAGUCAACCUUCAGAAGGCUGUGGUGGCAUCAGUGACCCUUUAGAGAUGAGUAUAUAUUACAUAAACUACAUAAAUCUCUAUUUCUCAAUAUCACUCCAUAAACCUCCUAGUAUCUCACCUUUCCAGCAUCAGCUUUUGAGAAAUUGUAGGAAAUAUUUAAUGGAUUUAAAUAGAAAUACCAUAUUACAUUACAUUAAGCAGAUGCUCGUAUCCAGAGCGACAUGCAACGUACCCAGAGCAGCCACCUGGGGAGCAGUUGGGGGUGAGGUGCCUUGCUCAAGGGCACUUCAGCCAUUCCUGUUAGUUCAGGGAACUGAACUGGCAACCUUUUGGUCCUAAAGCUGCUUCUCUAACAUUAGGCCAUGGCUUCACCCUAUGAAAUCAGACCUACAUGAUUUCCACAUUGAUUUUGUAUCACACAUUUUGGUGUAUUUUUGCUUACUAUUAAUCUCAAAAGCUCGGUAGUUUCGGCUGUACAAGGAUAGUGUUCUCUCUCUCUCUCUCUCUCUCUGUGUGUGUGUGUGUGUGUGUGUGUGUGUGUGUGUGUGUGUUAUUUCACACCUUUUUUUUUUUUAAACAAUAAAGACUUGGCCGAGUCAGAUACAAGCUUAUUCUGAAGCCUGGUAAAUAAACAGUGUUUUGUUGAAAUGUUAAGCAGUACAUCGCUGAAAGACUUGAAUCUGUCCUGCAGGCUGAACUCUGACUUUUUGAAUACUGACAUAUAUAACAACGAUCCACUUUUGAGCUAUUUUAAUAUGAUGUGAAAGCGUGUGUAUUUUUAAUAUGCAGUGACUUCUCCUUAAAUGUCAAACAGCUAACGUGUCACAGAAAUAUGAGUAAAAUCAUGGCAUUUGAUUUCGUUACGUGAGGUUAGCGUGUGAUACGCAAGCAGCAGCAAAAAGACUGCCAUAUAUCUAUUAUAGAAAUGAUGAAUUAACCUGAGUUGUACUUCUUGUGCAGGCCACUCAUCAAAAAGAGGACUAUAACAUAGAAAAUGUCUACUAAUAUUAUUGGAUAAACCAUAAAACAAUAUUUUCGAUAUGGGCAAGCUGACUUGUAUUGUAUAUGCUUUGUUAAUUUAGCAAAUGCUUACAUCUAUGCAUUCUUGUACUUCAUUUAUUACUUUUGUUACCUUUAGUUUGUUUUUACUGAUGACAAUAUAUUUCAUGUACUAUGGGCUUGUGGAGAAAUUAUGAUGUUAUGAAAAAAAUAUGAAGUAUUUAGACAGUAGAUUUACAUGUAAAGCUUUUUGUAAACUGACUCUGUUAUUCUUGUAUUUUACAGCGGUUUUUAAAUUAAAUAUAGAAAUAAUAGAAAAAAAUAGAAAAUUGCUAAGCUGCAACUAAAUUUGAUAAAGAUUAAUUCGUAAUUUGUGUAUUCAGAUUGAGGUUUGGACCAAUUUUUAUAGAAGAGAAUCUAUAAAUUAAGAUGUUGCACUUUCAUAAAGAAACAAAGCAGUGAAGAUGUGACCUAUUUUGAAACAAACUGUUACAUUUCUUAACUUGUGUACAGAAAUUCACAAUAAAAUUCUAUAUCUCAAUGUGCAAUCAGUGUAUGUAUAAAUAAUAAAUCUAUAUACAAGAGAAACUGAUGUUGUUUGGAGAUCAUUAUGCUGACAUUUCCUUACUGAUGCGUGUCUGUUUUACUUUGAGAUUGUUGGCAGUAAGUGACUUUUAGCCAAACCAUAUGUAUAGUGCAAGGCUCUCUAAAUUACUUUUUCCUGAUUUGCUUGUAUUCCAGUACAACAACCAGACUAUGUUGCUGCUGUAUAAAGCCAUAUAUGUAUAUAAAUGAUCUUAAACCAAGAAAAAA